AUGCGGGGUCCGGGGAGAGCGGAUUAUAGUGAAUGCGGGGACGUCCGGUGAGAGAGCGGAUAUAGUGAAUGCGGGGUCCGGAGAGAGCGGAUAUAGUGAAUGCGGGGUCCGUGGAGAGCGGAUAUAGUGAAUGCUGGGUCCAGGGAGAGCGGAUAUAUUGAAUGCGGGGUCCGGGGAGAGCGGAUAUAGUGAAUGCGGGUCCGGGAGAGCGGAUAUAGUGAAUGCGGGGUCCGGGUAGAGCGGAUAUAGUGAAUGCGGGGUCCGGGGAGAGCGAUAUAGUGAAUGCGGGGUCCGGGGAGAGCGGAAAUAGUGAAAUGCGGGGUCCGGAGAGAGCGGAAAUAGUGAAUGCGGAUUCCGGCAGGUCUCUGUGUUCCGGCAGGUCUCUG